UCACAAGGAGACCCCCUGGCUAUAAAAAGCUGACGAAUUUGAAAUGCAAUGAAGAAAAACAGUGAACAGUGAUGGAAUUGCUCAAGCUUUCGAAGCUGAAGCUCCAACUACAAGCCCUCGUCGCCGAAGUUCGUGAUCUCAGGGACAGGGAGCGCUCCGCCACCGAGCAGCACCACCUUCUAAUCCAGAAGCUGAAGCGGAACGAGGAAGAGUGCGGCAGAAAGAUACAGGAAUUGCAGGACGAGUUGGCUUCUGUAAAAGAGGAACGCCAGAAACUGGAGAGAAAGGUGAUUUAUCUUGAGAACGAUAAUGUGCUGCUUGAGAACAAGCAGAAAGAGUUGAAGGGAACGCUGAAUAAUUUACUUCAGUCUAGGGAAAACUUUGUGAAUGCUUACGAGGAAUCUACUUCUCAAAUGAAACGUUCAAUUGAAGCCAAAGAUAGGAUGCUCGGUGUACUUUCAGAGAAAAUAAGCUCUUAUGUAGCAUUGUUUGAUUCAAUAGAGAAGGAGGCGUUUUCUAUCAAGCAAAUUGUGGAUAAAGUCCAGAAUGUUGUCAAUGAUAGAGAGGGCAUUGUGGCCAGCUUGAGAAACAAAAUGGAUUGGGUCUCUGCAUCUGAAAAAGAAUUUGUUGAAAAUAUCUCUGAUCUAAGAAAUAAACUGGAAAACAAUGAGGCUGAAUUAAGAAGAAAGGAUAGAAUCAUCUCAGAACUUGAAGCAAAGCUGGAUGUGGCAAAAGUUUGCAACCACAACCUAGCUAAAAUGGAAGAUAUAUCCAUACCUGCAUUGAAUAUUUAUCUUUAUCAAAUACCAUAAAGUUUAUUUGCACUUUCAUCUAUGGAUUCUUUUUUAAUAUUUUCUUAACCAUCCUCACAUUCAGAAAACUUUAUCUGCAAAGGAUGCAGAGAUACAGAAUUUAAUUUCAGACAAAGAGGUUUUACAUUAUGAAGUUGGAAGCUUAAGACUUGUCUUACAGAGGAUUCAGGAUACUGUCACAAAUAUGAAUGAAGAGGACAAAAGGUUAUUCUCAUCAAUUUUGCAACAUAAAGAAGCAAUUGUAACGGAUAUGGAGAUUGUAGAUAACGGGAUGGAAGAUGUUGUUCAAAACAAUGAAGAGAAGACUCAGGAACCUACUUGAUUGCUCUCUUAAAGGCACAGUGGAAAUGUUUUGGGCUGACGAUGGAUUGAGACCAAAUGAUCAACAGAAUGGUUCACUACACAGCCAUCUGCAUCUCUGAUAACUGGCGGACUGGUAUGAGUUUCUUUCUGCUUGUACAGGGUGUGUGAAUGCAUAGAAAAUUGAAAGAUGUGCUCAUAAAUAAUUUAAGUUUUUGAGCACUUCAAACUGUUUUUCAACCCCUUCCGCUAAUGUCUGACCAUAUUCUUUAGUGUAUGGGAUAAUUAUGCAAUAAGUGUUGGUGUUCAACAAUGCAAAUAGGUUACUUACCUGAUCAAGAUUUGUUUACUCAGACAUCCUAUUUUGAUUUUUUUUUAACAGACAUCCUAUUUUGAUUAAGUUGGAUAUUUAGCUCAAGUGGGCAGGAAGUAUGAGAUUGUACAUGUAAUGCCACUUGAAAGCAUGGUUCGAUUGUCAAUUUUUUAAAUUUUCUUACGAUUGUUAAAUUGAAGAGUAAUAUUCAAUUAUUCAAUUUAUUA